AUGUUUGCCAAGAACGAUUUCGUGCGCGUGGUCGUAUUGUCCACCACGCUUAGUGUAAGCUCCGUCUUCCAAAAGAUCGUCGUCCACCUUCACAUCGUCACCGUCCUUAUGCCUCGGUUUUUCAGGUUCGGAAGUAGCUCCAAAUCUUCAGAUGCGGCAAUCCAUGCGAUUUCUGACUCGGAAGGACCAAGCAUGGAUAAGAACUCUGGCUCCAAAAAACUGAGCAUAGACCACGACAACAUCAUAGAACAUGACCCAUCUUGUUCGCCGAAAAGUUAG